AAUUACGUUUAAAGUAUUAUAAAACAUUCCAUCAGACUAAGCUAAUUAUUUAGUUAGUAAUUGCUAAAGAUAUUUUUAAAUCGAGCCGAGCGAAUACGCAUCUCUAAUACGCGAAUUGCCUGUUUCGUCCAGUGAUAACAGACGAUCGCUCCCGUACUGUAUCGUAUUGUCGUAUUGUAAUAUUAUAGUUCUUUGCAUUUACACUAAGUCAGUAUGUAUUCAAGACUGCUGCGUGUCGUAGGUAAAAAUGCAAGGUGUUUCGCCACAGAAUCAGGUCCAAAAGUUGCCCAAAGACCCAUAAACAAGAUUUUGAUAUCGAACCGUGGCGAGAUCGCCUGCCGAGUGAUUCGAACCGCUCGUAAACUGGGAGUUCGCACCGUGGCCGUAUUCUCAGAUCCGGACGAAAAGAGUCUUCACACACAGCUGGCGGAUGAGUCGUAUCAUGUUGGAGAGGCCGCCUCCUCCGCUUCCUAUCUUCGAGGCGAACAUAUUCUGGACAUAGCCAAGCGAUCGGGCGCCCAGGCUAUCCAUCCGGGAUACGGCUUCCUUUCCGAAUCCGUAGAGUUUGCCGAGUUGUGCCAACGCGAGGGCAUCAUUUUUAUGGGUCCGCCCAGUUCUGCUAUCCGGGAUAUGGGAAUCAAGAGCACCAGCAAGGCUAUCAUGGCUGCUGCCGGUGUGCCUAUCAUCAAUGGGUACCACGGCGAAGAUCAGUCAGAUGAGUGUUUGCAGCGAGAGGCCCAGGUAAUCGGCUUUCCCCUGAUGAUAAAAGCAGUACGUGGCGGCGGAGGAAAGGGUAUGAGGAUCGCCGAGAAGUCGGAGGACUUUCUGACUGCCCUAAACUCGGCGCGCACCGAGUCCCAAAAGUCCUUUGGCGAUAGCUCCGUACUGCUAGAACGGUAUGUGCGGUCACCUCGCCACGUUGAGGUGCAAGUUUUUGCGGAUCAGUACGGUGAUGCUGUCUACCUUUGGGAACGUGACUGUUCCGUGCAGCGACGUCACCAAAAGAUCAUUGAGGAGGCACCAGCUCCCGGCUUGUCGGAAGCCCUGCGUCGUGAACUGGGCGAAGCCGCAGUGCGCGCUGCGAAGGCUGUGGGCUACGUUGGAGCUGGCACAGUGGAAUUCAUUUUAGAUAAGGAGGAUCUUACUUUCCACUUCAUGGAGAUGAACACGCGCCUGCAGGUGGAGCAUCCUAUUUCAGAAAUGAUCACUGGUACGGAUUUGGUGGAAUGGCAGAUUCGCAUUGCCGCCGGGGAGCCCUUACCGCUAAAACAAUCUGAGAUUACUAGGCACGGCCACGCCUUCGAAGCCCGCAUCUAUGCCGAAAAUCCUCGAGGUGGCUUUCUGCCCGGGGCAGGACCUCUGAGCUAUUUGUCCACUCCCCAGCCAUCUAUCAAUGUACGAGUCGAGACCGGUGUCCGCGAAGGGGAUGAGGUAUCCGUGCAUUACGAUCCCAUGAUUGCCAAGCUGGUCGUUUGGGGGGAAAACCGAGCACAGGCUCUUAACUCCUUGGUUGCUCGUCUGGGAGAGUAUCAUAUAUCCGGUCUGGACACAAACAUCAACUUUCUUAUCGAUCUAGCCUCGCAUCCAGAAUUCCAGCUGGCCAACGUGCACACUGGCUUUAUCGAUGAGCACUUUGAGACUCUGUUUCCGCCAAUUGUUAUCAGUCCUCAGCAAGUGAGUCAAGCUGCAUUGGCGCUGGUUUUAAAUGAGUUGCAGGCAACCAUUAGCAAUGGCAACAAAGGACAGGAUUCAUUUACCUUAAUGCCUAACGCUCGUCUUAAUUACUCCCUAAUCCGCACCUACAACUUAAAAGCCAAUGAGAAGGUUUACUCUGUGGCUGUCAAGUUCGAUGGCCAAGAUGUGCAAAUUCAGGUGGAUAAUGGUGACUGGCAGGAGCUGAAAGCCGAAAGAGUCGAGGAUGGCGGCCGUCUGAAAAUCCGGGCCAAUAUCAACAGUAAUAUCACCACCUAUAAUGCUAAUAUAGAUGGACCCAUUGUCUGUUUGUUCUUGGAGAGUGGGAAACAAGAAUUUGAAUUGGUGCAACCCAAAUUCUUGAAUGCUCAGGCUGAACACCUGGGCGGAGGAGGCUCCCGCAUAGUGGCACCCAUGCCUGGUGUUCUCGAGAAGGUGCUGGUGAAAGCAGGAGACCAGGUCAAGAAGGGCGAUAGCUUGGCCGUGCUUAUUGCAAUGAAAAUGGAGCACAUACUGAAAGCUCCCAAGGAUGCAAUUAUAAAGUCAAUCGGUGGAGUCGAGGGUGACAACGUGGCCAAGGGUUCCGCCAUAAUUACAUUCGUCGACGAGGAUGUGGCCAAGUAAAAGGAUUAAAUCCAAAACUACGUACCAUGGAUUUUGUUGCAUUUAUAUACAAGUUAAUAUUCUUAAUACUUUAGAGAUCAGCAUUCGCUUCAGGAAUGAUCAAGUGCAUUUAUUAGAGUUACGCGUAAACCUGUC